AUGGCAGCAGCUACCUUGUAUAGAUUCUUGAAUAUCCCAUUCUUUUCACUCUUUCUGCUUGCCUCUUUAGCAUCUCCACUCUCAUUUGAUCUCCCAAACAUCACUCCCAAGGAUACAAACGUGAAAAUCAACGUGGAAGGAGAUGCAUAUAUCACAGAGCAAGGGAUCCAAGUCACCCCAUAUGAACGCAACCAGGUCUUAAAUGGCAAAGCAGGCCGAGCAAAAUAUGUUGAAUCCUUUCACUUAUGGGACAAAACCACAGGAGAAUUGGCAGAUUUCACCACUCAUUUCACUUUCAACAUCGACUCAGAUGGUAACAGUAGCUUUGCUGAUGGAUUGACCUUUUUCCUGGCCAAUUUUUCAACCCCAUUCAAUAAAAUUGCCACUGGUGGAGGCAGACUUGGGCUCAUGGAUGGCCCAGAUCCUUUUGUGGCUGUGCUGUUUGAUACGUACUCGAACCACGAGAAUACCUCGAUGACGAAUGUAAGUAUCAACAUUAAUUCUACGCUGGAAUGGGUUAAUAUCACAGCAUGGUUGAAUGAUGUUACUCAGGGACGGGAUAACAAUGCUUCCAUUACUUAUAAUGCUAGUUCCAAGGUUCUUGGAGUGGUUUUUACAGGGUUCUGGAAUGGCCAGUAUCUGACAGGCAGCCUUAGCUUUAAGGUUGAUCUGAGGGAAUACUUGCCUGAGUUCAUUAGCAUUGGCUUCUCAGCUUCAACAGGACUGUACUUUGAGAAAAACACUGUCAGCUCGUGGCGGUUCAAUUCCACUUCACUGAGGCCGGAUAGUGUUUCUCCCCUGUCGUCCCCGCCUUCUCCAGACCCGAGUCCUCCCCAAGAAGAAAAGAACAAGAAGAAAGGACUAUCAAAAGGAGCACUGAUAGGAUUGAUUAUUGGUGUUCUAGUUUUUGUUGCUCUGUUGGUUUUAGGCAUCUGUACUUAUCUUAAGAAGAUGAGGGGAAAGAAAAGAAAUGAGACUAUUCUUGGUCAGGCCAAAGAUAGUGAACUUGAGAUGAGGGCAGAGAAAAGAAAUGAGAUUAUUCUUGGUCAGGCCAUGGAUAGUGAACUUGAAAAGACUGGCAAUGGGCCUAAAGAGUUACCAUACAGUGACUUGGUUAUUGCAACUAACAACUUUGCAGAGAAGCUUGGAGAAGGGGGGUUUGGAGUGGUUUAUAGAGGUUUCUUAAGGAGCCUAAACUUGGAUGUGGCUGUCAAGAGAGUCUCAAGUGGGUUUAAACAUGGGAUAGAGGAAUGCCCAGAACUCAAGAUCAUUAGCCAAUUGAGACAUAGAAAUUUGGUGCCAUUUCACGGUUGGUGUCAUGAGAAAGGAGAGUUGCUGCUUGUUUUUGAAUACAUGCCACAAGGCAAUUUAGAGUCCCAUCUCUUCAACACAGACUCACAUUUGAAUUGGGGGCUCAGGUAUAGAAUUGCAAAAGACUUGGCUUUGGCUCUGUCCUAUCUGCAUGGACACUAUGACCAAUGUGUAUUGCAUAGGGACAUUAAGUCCAGUAAUGUCCUGUUGGAUAAGGACUUCAAUGCUAGACUAGCUGAUUUCGGGUUAGCCUCGCUUGUUGACCAUGGAAACGCACCCGAAAAAACCAUAUCUGGAUUAACACCAGGGUACGUAGCCCCAGAAUGCAAUUUCACAUUUAAGACCAGCAAAGAGUCAGAUGUGUAUAGUUUUGGAAUUGUUAUAUUAGAAAUUGCAUGUGGACGAAGAGCCAUUCUUGACAAUGAACUAGGAGGUGCGAAAAGCUUGGUGGGAUGGGUUUGGGGUCUGUAUGGAAUGGGAAGGCUACUACAAGGCGCAGAUCCUAAGUUAGGCAAAAACUUUAAUGAGAAAGAAAUGGAGCGAUUAAUGAUGAUUGGGUUAUGGUGUGCUCACCCUGAUAGUAAUUGUCGACCAAAAAUAAGCCUUGCUUUAAAUUGCCUUCACUUCCAUGUCCAAGUGCCCAUCCUUCCACCAGAGAUGCCUAAGCCAUUUUACUCAACUUCUUUUAAUGUUUCAAGUUCCUAUAGGCAGAUAUUAGAGGGCAAUACAAGUUCUAGCAACAGUAGUUGCCCCACACAUCGUACUUCAUCUUCAACCACAGAUGCUAGUUCUUCAUCAUCUGCCUCACAUUGA